CGCCUGCGUUGCCCUCCAGGUCGUGGUAGGCUGCGCACGCCUCACUGCUGGACUACAUUAACAAGCUGCGGGGCGUCCAGGAAAACCUUCUACGCAACAGCCAUGUUCCUGUAUCUCCUGGGGCUGGUGGUGGUCUACUACCUGUACCGCUGGUUCAGGGAGUGGCCCCAUGUCCCCGACAAGGGUAGCAAGUAUGUGUACAUCACAGGCUGCGACACCGGCUUCGGCAACCUCCUGGCCCGCCAUCUGGACAAGAAGGGCUUCAGGGUGAUCGCCUCGUGUUUCAGCGAGAAGGGAGAAGAGGAUCUGAGGAAGUCCUGCUCCAGCAAGCUGACCACGACGCACCUAGAUGUGCGGUCCAAGGACAGCGUUGACAAAGUUGCAGCGAUGAUCAAGGAGAAAGUGGGGCAGUGCGGCCUAUGGGCUGUGGUGAACAACGCAGGCGUGUCUAUCCCCUCGGCGCCGUGCGAUUGGCUGACCGUAGACGACUACAAGCCCAUGCUGGAGGUCAACCUCAAUGGCGUGAUCGCGGUGACGCUGAGCGUCCUGCCGCUGAUUAAGAAGGCCAGGGGAAGGGUGGUCAAUGUAGCCAGCGUGUUCGGAAGGAUCAGUCCGGUAGGGGGACCGUACACCGUCUCCAAGUACGGCGUGGAGGCCUUCAACGACAGCCUCAGGUUGAAUAUGGCGCCUUUCGGUGUCAAAGUCCUCUGCAUCGAGCCAGGAUUCUUCAAAACAAACGUGACCGACACCACUAUCCUGAGCAAUAACGUGAGAAAGAUGUGGGAGCGACUGCCCCAGGACAUGAAGGAUGUCUAUGGAACUGAGUAUCUACAAAAGGCAUUAGAAUUACUAGCCAACAAAGUUGCCAAGCUCAGCGACGGGGAUCUGAUGAAGGUGGUCAGCUGUAUGGAGCACGCCAUAUCCGCCGUCCGGCCCCGCACCCGCUACUCCCCGGGCUGGGACGCCAAGCUGUUCUGGCUGCCGCUGUCGUACAUGCCCACCUGCAUCUCCGAUUACAUCUUGACCAAAGAAGCCAUUCCUAUUGCCAAGCCGGGCUAAUGAAUUGUGCAGUUUGUUUUCAUCCUCCUGUGCACAUUUUUACGCAAUACAAGUUUACCGUAUACCGAUAUGAUCCUGAUCAAAGCCUUCUUCCUAUAAAUGUUUGUGUAGCUAUCGCAGCACCAUGAACAAAGUAGUACUUUGUGUCUGUAUCCCUUCUUUCCUGAAGACCAUGUAAUUCAAGGCCACCUUAUCUACAGGCAGGUUGUUCAAAUCAAUGUGAUGUGUGGAAGGUCGGAGGAGCAAUAAACAAAGUAGCCACAUUUA